AUGGCCGGGUCGAGUGAGCAACUGCGCGAGUUGGUGGGACCUCUGCUCCCGCCCAAGGACCAGGUGGAGGAGGACGAUGAUUACGGGAGGGAGGAGGUGGAGGAGGAGGAGGACUCCGUGUUCGUCGACGCCGAGGAGCUGUGCAGCGGGGGCGUCAAGGCUGGCUGCCUCCCCGGGAGGCUCCGGGUUUUAAUUCCUGAUGAAAAAACUCAAGAGAAUUGUCAAGUGUUUGGACGUUUUCCAAUAACGGGUCCUUGGUGGCGUGUGAAGGUUAAGGUAAAGCCUGUGGGAUCGAAGACCUAUCAAGUUCAAGGAUUUCCAUCAUACUUUUUGCAGUCUGAUAUGUCACCACCAAAUCAAGAACAUAUCUGUUCCCUCUUUCUUAAAGACUGUGGAGUCCCUGGUGAUCAGAGAGUUAAGUUUUUGGCAUGGAUAAAUGAAAUGUCAAGCUACAAAGACCUAAACUUUGAAAAUCUUUUGGAAACAUUAAAAACAUUCUACAAAGAAAUAAAAAGGAAAGAUGAAAAAAAACCUUCACAAAAUGAACAGGAAGAGUUAUUACCAGAUAAUGAGAUAAGUAUUCUGAAAAACAAAAUUCCAUUCAUAAGUGUAAUGACAGCUUUACGCUUUCCAAAAAUAAUGGAAUUCCUUCCAGUUCUUCUGCCUCGAUACUUCAGACAGCUCAUAAGCUCAGGUUCUGGAAAAGUUUUGGAAGUGAUAGAAGAGGUUUUAGGUACACAACCAUGGAAGCUGGGAUUUAGUAAAAUUACCUACAGGGAAUUGAAGCUUUUGCGCUGUGAGGCAAGCUGGGCAGCUUUUUGUCAGUGCCCAUCUCUUCUACAGCUGAUGACUGAUUUGGAGAAGAAUGCAUUGGUCAUAUAUUCUAAGCUGAAGCAGAUAUGUAGAGAACAUGGGCACACAUAUGUUGAAGUAGCCGACUUAACUUUGGGCCUGUCAGAGCAUAUGUCUGUUCAUGAUGCUUGGCAGUCUCUGAAGUUUCUGAAGGAUAUUGGCGUGGUGACAUAUGAGAAGAACCGUGUCUUUCCUUAUGACCUUUACCAGGCUGAAAGGGGCAUUGCCUCUUCAAUUUGUAAUCUGAUGAAGAGACCCCCCUGGCAUUUACGUGUGAAUGUCAGGAAGGUGCUGGCAUCUAUUGGUAACACCAAACCCGAGGAUUCAAGAACUGGUGAUGCAUCAGAGGACAGUAAACCUGAUGAAACAAACCUAGAAAAUUCCAUGGACAUUUUGGACCCACAGGACAGUGAGGACCUUAUUUGGAACAGUGGUGAAAAUGAAAUUAAUGCAGAAAUAAAUGAACUUGAACUAGAUCAGGAUCAGGUGGCUGCUUUGGAAAUGAUUUGCUCCAAUGCUGUGACAGUCAUAAGUGGGAAAGGUGGCUGUGGGAAGACCACUAUUGUUAGCCAUCUUUUUAAGUGUAUACAACAGCUAGAAGAAAGAGAGGUAAAAAAAGCAUGUGAAGACUUUGAGCAAGAUCAGGAUGUCUCAGAAGAGUGGUUUGCCUUCACCGAGCAAACUCGAUUGGAGAUGGACAAAGCUAUAGAAGUUUUGCUCACAGCACCCACAGGGAAAGCAACUGGCUUGCUGAGACAGAGAACGGGUCUUCCCGCUUAUACACUGUAUCAGGUCAAUUACAGCUUCUAUUUAUGGGAAAAAAAGCUGAAGAACAAGAAUAUGCCAUGGAAAUUUUCUUCAGUUAAAGUUCUGGUUGUGGAUGAAGGGAGUUUGGUAUCUGUAGGUAUCUUCAAAUCGGUUUUAAAAUUAUUGUGUGAGCACUCCAGACUUGCAAAGCUUAUUAUCCUUGGUGAUAUUAGACAGUUACCCAGUAUUGAACCUGGUAACAUGUUGAAAGAUCUUUUUGAUACCCUUAAGUCAAGGAAAUGUGCUAUUGAGCUACAGACAAACCACAGGGCAGAAUCUCAGCUAAUUGUGGACAAUGCUACAAGAAUUUCCAGACGCCAGUUUCCAAACUUUGAUGCAGAACUAAAUGUCUCUGAUAAUUCUUCAUUGCCCAUCUCAAUUCAAGAUAAGACAUUUAUUUUGAUCAGACUCCCAGAAGAGGAUACUUGUUCUCAGUUACCUAAAAAUAGUCAUAACUCUUAUUUAUAUUCUGCAGUUAGAGCUUUAUUGCAAGAAAAUGACUUUAAAAGUGCAAAAACAUCACAAUUUAUUGCAUUUAGAAGGCAGGACUGUGACCUCAUCAAUGACUGCUGCUGUAAGCACUACACAGGCCACCUCAUUAAAGACCAUAAGAAGAGACUGGUAUUUGGAAUUCAGGAUAAAAUUUGUUGUACCAGGAAUGCGUAUCUCUCAGACUUACUUCCUGAAGAUACCACUGGUAGUCAGCCAGAGAGUGACACAGAAACCGGUGGUGAAGACGUUUGUCAUCCUCGUGGUCUUGCUAAAGACAAGCAUGCACUUGAAAGUGGUAUUCGACUAUGCAAUGGGGAGAUAUUCUUCAUACAAAAUGAUGUAACUGAUGUAACUUUUGGAAAGAGAAGAUAUUUGACCAUUAAUAAUAUGGCCGGCUUGGAAGUAACUGUGGAUUUUAGCAAAUUAGUGAAAUAUUGUCACAUAAAACACGCAUGGGCAAGGACUAUUCAUACUUUUCAGGGAUCCGAGGAGGACACUGUCGUCUAUGUGGUGGGGAAGGCGGGUCGCCAGCAUUGGCAGCACGUCUAUACCGCGGUGACCAGGGGCCGCCGCAGAGUGUACGUCAUUGCAGAAGAGUCUCAGCUCCAGAAUGCAAUCAGGAAGCCCAGUAUUUCCAGGAAAACUCGUUUAAAACAAUUCUUGCAAAAUGAGCUCUCUGUUAGCCAUGCAUCUCCAGCAGAUUUUCCCCAGUCGAAGAGCUCUGGAGAUAGCAGAGGACCCAGCACACAGCCUCCCACUUCACCUAUCCCUACAGCCUCAGCCAAUACAGUCACAAACGAUGUCACCAAGAGCAAGGCCUCUCUGGCUAAAGAUGGGCCAUUCACCUUUGCUGCAGAAUGGCGGAUGUUUUCAUUUGAUGAAGUGGAUGAGGAUGAGAAAGAGAUUUUAGCACAAUCACGAGGCUCCAAAAGAACCAGCGACAUGAAUAUCAGUGAAAGUCCAAGCAAAGUUCUCAUGGUAGGAGUGGAAAAAUCAUCUCCACAAGUGUCUUCUAGACUUCAGAAUUUGAGACUAAAUAAUUUAAUCCCCAGGCAACUUUUUGAACCCACAAGCAAUCAAGAAACUUAAUAAAGCUGAGCU